AUGAAGCCGUUCCGGUGUCCGGAGAAGGUGGCGCUACCCGAGGGUGUGGAAAGCAAGUCUGAGCUGAGAAACCUGCUAAGCGCUGCUCGGACGGAGGAAAUAGGUAGGCGCCUCCAAUCAGCAAUUGCAUGCGGUAACCACCGGCUGGCCCUGUGGCUGAAAAAUAGGAAGCAGCAGAUUCUAGGGCGCCAGGUCCUUGGAAAUGUCUCCAUAUCUGGAAGCGUAUAUACAAACAAGAUUUACAUCCCGGUUCAAGAGUUCCCUGAAAGCAAUUUCGUGGGACUGAUAAUAGGCCCAAGAGGCUCCACCCAAAAACAACUUGAAAGAAUCACAAGAGCUAGGAUAUACAUAAGGGGGUCGUACAAGGACAAGCAUGUAGAGCCUCUGCAUUGUUAUAUAUCUGCAGAAACACAGGAGAGUUUGAAAAAUGCAAGUGCGGUGAUAGAAAAUCUGAUAGAGGACUCUGUGCUUUUUGGUGACUGCAGGCUGAGGAUGUCCCAGCUCCAGGCAAUAAGGGAAUGUAGAAGGAAUCCCAAUGGCCCUCUCACCGACUGGGAAAGGUUCUACUACUGGUGGUAUUUCCAUAACAGAAUCCAGAGGAAAGCAGAAUGA